CCGGGCCGCGAGUGCAGCACGCGUGCACGCGCCGCGGGACCCCGACGGAGACGACGCGCGCAGGUCACGCCUUCGGGGAAGUUGCAAUAUCGGCUGUCAUGGUCUCGAAAGACGUGCCGCCGCGCAGACCGCCGCGCCUGCGCCGGCCGCGCCUGCCCUCGCUCGCCUCCCUGCGCGGCGUGCGCACGAGCGUGCGCCUCAGCAUGCAGCGCGGGUCACCGGGCCGCGACUUCUUCGACAACAUCGUCCGGUGGGGCGAGCGGCGCGACGCCGAGGCGGGCCGCGGGCAGCGUCGCGGUGCUGGCCGCAGGGACGCCGCCGUGGCGCGCCGGGAGAGCGCCUUCCGGUGGCCCGACGUCGAGCUGCGCCGCGGCGGGGGUGGCGACGGCGGUGGCGGCUGCGGCGGUGGCCUCCUCAGGGGCUGCCUGUCGGCGUGCUGCUGCUGCGGGUGCUGCUGCUGCUGCCUCAACCUGCAGUACCUGCGCACCCUCCCCGGUGCGCUGCGGCUGGCGCAACUGGCGCUCUCCUGGAUGUGCAACUGGCUGGUGGGGCGCUACGCGCUGAGGGUGUCCGGCACGCUGGGCAGCGCCAUGCCCGCCUUCUUCCUGGCCAGUGCGGGCGGCGCGCUGGGCUGCAGCCUGCUCCUGGCGGUCGCGCUGCUGUCAGCCAAGAGCGUCUCCCUGUUGCGAGCGUCCCUCUUCGAGAUUGCAUUUCAUGCUACAGCUGUGGGACUGUACGCGAGUCAAGCUUCGUACCUACAUGUAGCAACAUCAUUAUAUCUCGAACCAUACAAAAAUGAUUUAGAAACUUAUACCUACCCUGCGAUCGUCACUUCAUAUUGGCUUGGAUACUUUUUAGCAGCUCUACACAGCUUAGAUACAGUGUAUUCCUUAAAACACUAUGGGCGAUUCCGUUGCUAAGCACUAUACAAUAGUUAUUUAACAGAUGUUCCUCAAUUCUUUGGAGUGCUUUGAAAUGA